AUGCCGGGCGCGGCCCAGGUGGGCAGGUGCCUGGGCGGGGCGUGCCGUGGUUGGCGGCGGGGCGCGGGGCGGCGGCCGAGGGGGCCGAGCACCCGGAAGAGCCGUCAGCUCUGCGGGCGCAACAGGCGGCUGCCCGAGAGCCGGAGGCGGCGGCCACCAGGCCCGGGAUGGACAAGCUGAAGAAAGUGCUGAGCGGGCAGGACACCGAGGACCAGAGCGGCCUGUCCGAGGUCAUCGAGGCGUCCUCGUUAAGCUGGAGUACCAGGCUUAAAGGCUUCAUCGCCUGCUUUGCUAUAGGAAUCCUCUGCUCGGUCCUGGGCACUCUGCUGCUAUGGGUGCCCGGGAAGGGACUGUCCCUCUUCGCGGUGUUCUAUACCUUUGGCAAUAUCGCAUCCAUCGGGAGCACCAUCUUCCUCAUGGGCCCGCUGAAGCAGCUCAAACGCAUGUUCGAGCCCACGCGUUUGAUUGCAACGAUCAUGGUGCUGUUGUGUUUCGCGCUGACACUGUGUUCUGCCUUUUGGUGGCGUAACAAGGGGCUUGCGCUCAUCUUCUGCAUUUUGCAGUCUUUGGCCUUGACGUGGUACAGCCUUUCCUUCAUACCCUUUGCAAGGGAUGCAGUGAAGAAGUGUUUCACUGUGUGUCUUGCAUAACACUGCCACUUCUGCAGAACUUGGGCAGGCACUGCGAGCAGCAGCUGGCGGACUGCUGUAGGAAUACCUCCUCCACUGUGUCUUACAGACGCGUGCCUUUACCUCGCAGCCGUGUUGCGGCUUUGCAGCUUGUACAUUGCAGGGCUGAUUUUGGAAGCAGCGGUGCCUUCCCCAAGCCCUGCUGCCUGUGGCACGGCCCGAGAGGUGGGUUCUGUGGCUCAUGGAGUCGAAGCUUGCUCACGGCACCUGUGUGUUCCUUGGAUGGUGUCCCACGGAUGUCUCAUCAGCAAAGUCUCGUUCGCCGCAGCAGCA